CCAUCCCCCUGUUUCUUUGCCCCUUCUGUAGGAUUUCAACUUCCAUUCCUGCCCAUGGUUUCUAACAUCAGCUUUGAGCUUUCCCUUGCUAUGUGCUCAAGUGACAACCUUUAUAUAUAUCAUCAACUUCUCUCAAAACUCCUUCAAUCAACCCAGAAACAGUGAUCCUCUACUCUAAACAUCAAUCCGUCAACCCCCAUAUUCACAAUCACUCUGAUUUCUCUUUUCUUCCCAUGGAAGCUUCCACUCACCUUGGAUCCGUGCCUUCAUCCAACUCUGCUCCUGUUCCGGCUUCGGUCCGCCCUUCGGCCUGCAGUGGCACGCUCGGCAGGCACCUGGCUCGGCGGCUGGUUGAGAUCGGCGUCAGUGACGUCUUUUCUGUUCCGGGCGACUUCAAUUUGACCCUUCUAGACCACUUGAUCGCCGAGCCUGAGCUCAGCUUGAUCGGCUGUUGUAACGAGCUCAACGCCGGCUACGCAGCAGAUGGCUACGCGCGCUUCAAGGGCGUUGGCGCGUGUGUUGUCACUUUCACCGUCGGUGGUCUCAGCGUCCUGAACGCCAUCGCCGGAGCUUACAGUGAGAAUUUGCCUGUGAUCUGCAUAGUCGGUGGCCCAAAUUCAAAUGAUUACGGAACGAAUCGGGUUCUUCAUCACACAAUCGGGUUGCCCGAUUUUAGCCAGGAGCUUCGUUGCUUUCAGACAAUCACCUGCUUUCAGGCUGUGGUGAAUAACUUGGAUGAUGCACAUGAGCUCAUUGAUACGGCGAUUUCUACCGCUUUAAAAGAAAGCAAGCCUGUUUAUAUCAGUAUAAGUUGUAAUCUACCUGGAAUUCCUCAUCCAACUUUCGGGAGAGACCCUGUUCCGUUCUACAUUGCCCCAAAAGUGAGCAAUCAGUUAGGACUAGAAGCAGCAGUGGAAGCAACAGCUAAAUUUUUGAACAGUGCUGUGAAGCCAGUGAUUGUAGGAGGGCCGAAACUUCGUGUAGCGAAGGCGCAAAAGGCGUUUAUGGAGUUUGCAGAAGCCACUGGGUAUCCAGUAGCGGUGAUGCCAUCAGCGAAGGGUCUUGUGCCAGAGCAUCAUCCUCACUUCAUUGGAACAUAUUGGGGAGCUGUCAGUACUAGCUUUUGUGGUGAGAUUGUGGAAUCUGCUGAUGCAUACGUUUUUGUUGGUCCCAUCUUCAAUGACUACAGCUCUGUGGGAUAUUCUUUGCUGAUAAAGAAGGAGAAAGCAGUUGUAGUGCAGCCGAAUCGGAUAACCAUUGGCAAUGGUCCUUCUCUUGGAUGGGUUUUCAUGGCUGAUUUCUUAUCUGCGUUGUCCAAGAAGCUCAAGAAAAACAGCACUGCCUUGGAGAAUUAUAGGCGUAUUUAUGUGCCUCCUGGCGUACCUUUGAAGAAGCAGAACGAUGAACCUCUUAGAGUUAAUGUUCUAUUCAAGCACAUUCAGAACAUGCUAAGUGGAGAGACCGCUGUCAUAGCUGAAACUGGAGACUCUUGGUUCAACUGUCAGAAGCUUCGUCUCCCUGACAAUUGUGGUUAUGAAUUCCAGAUGCAGUACGGAUCUAUCGGCUGGUCAGUUGGUGCUACACUUGGAUAUGCACAGGCUGCGAAGUCCAAGCGUGUAAUUGCUUGCAUUGGGGAUGGUAGUUUUCAGGUGACAGCACAGGAUAUUUCAACGAUGAUCCGCUGCAGACAAAAAAGCAUCAUAUUCCUCAUUAACAAUGGAGGUUAUACCAUUGAAGUUGAGAUUCAUGAUGGCCCAUAUAAUGUGAUCAAGAACUGGGACUACACUGGCUUUGUGAAUGCCAUCCAUAAUUCAGAAGGCAAAUGCUGGACGGCAAAGGUGCGCACAGAAGAGGACCUGAUCGAAGCAAUUUCUGCAGCUACUGGGCCUCAGAAAGAUUCACUGUGUUUCAUAGAAGUGUUUGCACACAAAGAUGACACCAGCAAAGAGUUGCUGGAAUGGGGUUCUCGUGUGGCUGCUGCAAACAGUCGUCCUCCGAAUCCUCAAUAGGAAGUUCAGCUUAGAACACUCCUAAUGCUGUAACAUUGUCAUUUUGAUGGACUUAUUCAGCAAAAAAAAAAAAAAAGGAUGUACAAUAAUUGGGAAAUAAAAGUGUUCUUGGUGUUUCACAAGGACUUUUGUCUUUUCAACCUUGAACCGUAUCCUAAAUCUAGCAUGUGUGGGUGCUCAAUUGGAGCUCCUCCGAAGGUUGAAACUUGCUCAAAGAUAUACUCUCUUCAUUUGAGUCUUCUAUCUUCAUUCUUCAGCACAGAGAAACCACGAAUCAUUUCUUCCUGC